GGUGUCCUCGGGGUGCUGCUCUGCUCCAUCACCACAGUGUGAGAACAAGUGAAGAAACCAUGAAUCACCAGUGAGGGAGUCGGAGCUCCGCUGCUUUAUUACAGACGCUCGUAUUUAGCUGGCACUAGUGUGACGUCACUGUAAACAGCUGGACCCCAAAAAAAAACCCACACACACACACACACAACCCCCCCAGCCCGUGCGCGUGCGCGUGAUUUUAACUUGUAAACACUUUAUUUAUUUAUUUAUUUUCUUUGGGGGGGUGGGUGUGAAAGAUGGCUGACAACGGCGCACACCCGACAGAGGAGGACCCGGCCGCCGCCUUCCUGGCCCAGCAGGAGAGCGAGAUCGCGGGGAUCGAGAACGACGGAGGAGGGUUCGGAGGGUUCGGAGGGUUCGGAGCGGACGGCGAGGAGGAGGAGGAGGAGGAGGAGGCCCAGCCGGAGACCACACCGGCCGACUACGACGCUUUCGAAGAUGAGCCUGCCACUGUGAAUGGGGACAUGUUUCAGGAGUCCAAUGGCCCAACUGACAACUACGCAGCUAUCGCCCAGGUGGAUAUUCAGAGGCAAGAGCCAGAGAGUCUACGCAAGUGGAGGGAGGAGCAGAAGACACGCCUUGAAGCAUUAGACUUAGCAUCCAAGGCAGCCGAGGCAGAGUGGAGAGAGAAGGCCAAAAUGGAGCUGGAGGACUGGCAUGUGCAUCAAAAUGAGCAGAUGGAGAAGAACAAGGUCAACAACAGAGCAUCAGAGGAGGAUUUCCUGGCAGAGAGCAACGGCGAGACUCCAGGAUCCGAAUGGGAGAGAGUAGCCCGUCUCUGUGACUUUAAUCCGAAAACCAACAAACAGGCAAAGGAUGUUUCUCGUAUGCGUUCGGUCCUCAUUUCUCUCAAACAGACACCUCUAGUUCGCUAGAGGAGGUCGCAGGGAGAAUGUUGUUCAGGAAACAUUGCCUUUUGAGUUUUAACCUCACAAUGCAUCAGAAGAGUUUGUAUGCCCUUUUCCAUAAAUUUUCCUGGUAUGUUUAUAACCUUUGAAAACUUCCCGCCUUUCUUGAUGCCUAAUAUAUUGAAAUAAUAUACUUAAUCCCACUCUCCUAUGAGAAGAUGAAGGACUGCUCUAUUGUUACGACAUCCUUUGGCUGGUCAGUUUUACCACUACUAUAUUUAAGAAAAUAUUGUUACUGUAAGUUGAACAUGUUCCUUCUCUUUUAUCUUAUAAAUUAUUAGGUCAGUUUUCUUGCAUGCCUCUGCCAAUAUUUUGGAUGCACAUUUCAUAGUUAUUUUCUAAAUUAGCAUUUUGGUCAUCGUCAAACCUUUAAGCACUAUUGCUUAUUAGAUUGUAACCACUUAUGCCUCUCAUCAAUGUAGAAUUAUCAACACACAGUCUUUGUUCACAUUUGUUGUUAUAUACCCCUCAUCACCAUAUUUAACAUUGCUAGAAUAUCUUUUCUUUUAAAUGCAUAAGCUUGUGGCCUUUUUGACGUAGCUCUUACUCCAGUUCGAUUAUUCAGCAAGAUGGAUUUAUUCUUCAAUUAGACAAGUUAUCAGCAAAAAAAAUAAAAUCACAACCAAAGAUCCAAAUUUUCAUAGUU